AUGCAUUUCACCACCAUCUCCACGGCCAUUGCCGCCACCCUCCCCUUGGCCUCGGCCGCCCUGAACAAGCCCAUUAUCAACCCUCAGUUCCCCAAUGGCGGCCUCGGCAGCCUGGGACCGGGUCUGAUGCAGCACUUGCAGCCGGCGAAGCGCACAUGGGACAAAUGGGGCCCGGGCUGGAUCCCCGAGGACUGCAAGAACCUGGCCAAGUCCAACAACUUCUCCCCUUUCGACAUCACGCCGUUCAACAUCCACUACGAGGACUGCCCAGACUCGUGGGUCUUUUGCCGUCAUAAGGACUCGCCGCUCAGCGAGACGGCCAUGAUUGACAUGUUUGGCCGCAUGCCCGUCAAGAUGCGCUCUUACAUCCGUCACAUUAUUGCCCUUCCCGGCACUCGCUCGGCGGGCAGCGCUGGUGACAACAUCCAGAUGAACGGUGACUGCGAAAUCACAGUCUUUGUGCAUGAGACAGGCCACUCGCUCGACUCGCACGCCUUUGACCCGAAGUACGGCGCCCCCUUCUCUAACAGCAAGGUCUGGCUUGACAACUACAACCAGGACUCGGCUGUCUGCGACGGCUACGCCCAGUCCUCGCAGCAGGAGAACCUCGCACAAGAGACCGUCGUUGGCCUCUUCGAUAAGGUCGUCCCCGGUGGCGUCGGCACCAUCCAGCCCAACUGGAAGGCCAUUUUCCACCAGUAUGCCACUGUCCAGGGCUACCUGGGCGACCAGAUCCUGCCCGGAGGCACCUGUAGCCACCGCUUGACCAACAGCAAGCCCGUGCCGAUGGGCGACUCCAAGAAGUCUCGCCGCGGACUCGGCCCGGCGCCUGAUGUCUCGCUUAGCGCUCACGUCACCGAAAUCGAGCCCAUUGCUAUGGGAGACUCUAUCGUCCUAACCCAGUACAACGACGGUGGCGACGCGAUCAGCAAGAGGGAGGUCACCCUCAACUAG